AUGGAUCCAUCAUUCACUCAAGAAUCCCGAGCCCAGAAAUCAUUGGUUGCUUCUUCUGUAAAGAGCAACUCCUUUUCCUCAAUGUCAAAGAUUUCCGGGUGUUCAGGAGAAAUUUCAAGCAAUAAAAAUAUUAAUUUCUACGUCAACUUUGAAGAAUUCAAAAACCCAAUUCAAGAAACAUCUAAAAAGUCCCAGCUGAUUCUUGAAUAUAUACCUUCUGAGAAACUAUGGCGCAAAACUCAGAAGCGUUUUCCUAAAACUGAUCUUAAAUAUGAUGAUGUUUAUAAUUGGUUAAUCAACAUUAAUCAUGAGAUGUUUGAGAGGUUUGAAGUUUCUGUUGAUGAGAUUAAAAAAUCAAGAUAUAAAGAACAGAAGCUAAUAAAUCUAACUGACGAUACUAAAUUUCAAUUAGUUAAUCUAAAGAAAGAGAAAGUCAUUGAGAAAGAUUUGUUUGUUAAUAGUAAUUUCUCUAACAUGGAAGCUAAUCAUUCUUCAUCUGUGAAGGUGGUUUCUUUGGAAGAUAAUGCAAUGUUGACACAAAGGCCAAAAGUGUCUUUUCACAUGAAUUGGAUUCCAAAGCCGCAAGAUGUGUACAACAUAGUGGUGAACAAUUUAAAUCAACCUUUUCAGCAUGUUUGGUUGAAGACUAGUGAGGAUGGGUCUAGACUCAUACACCCAUUGGAAAAACAUUCGGUUUUCGACUUUGUUAAUAAAAGUAUGAACAAUACCGAGCCUAUAAAGCCACCUCCGGUUGAAAUAACACCAUUAAAGCUUGUAGAAGAUGUCAAAGACUUGAAAGAACUUGUUGCAAAGUUGCAUGACACUAAUGAAUUUGCGGUUGAUUUGGAACACAACCAAUAUCGAUCUUUCCAAGGUUUAACUUGCUUAAUGCAAAUAUCUACACGAACAGAAGAUUUCAUUGUUGAUACACUCAAACUUCGUGUUCACAUUGGUCCAUAUUUGCGAGAGAUUUUCAAAGAUCCAACUAAAAGAAAGGUUAUGCAUGGAGCAGAUAAAGAUAUUUUAUGGCUGCAACGAGACUUUGGCAUAUAUGUUUGCAAUAUGUUUGACACCGGACAGGCUUCUCGGGUGUUGAAAAUGGAGAGAAAUCGUUUGGACUAUUUGUUGAUAUACUUUUGUGGGGUUGCUACAAAUAAAGAAUACCAAACUGCAGACUGGCGACUUCGCCCAUUGACAGAUGAAAUGCUGAGAUAUGCAAGAGAAGACACACAUUACCUUUUGUAUGUAUACGAUCUUAUGAAAAAAAGGUUGCUUUCAUCAUCAACAGAUCCGAAUAACCCUGAUGCACUUCUUGUAGAAGUGUAUCAACGCAGUUACGAUGUAUGCAUGCAGUUAUAUGAGAAAGACAUUCUCACCGAGAAUUCAUAUCUCAACAUAUACGGGUUGCAUGAAGCUGAUCUCAAUGGUCAACAACUUUCCAUUGUUGCAGCGCUUUGUGAAUGGAGAGACAUUGUUGCACGUGCAGAAGAUGAAAGUACUGGAUAUGUAUUGCCAAACAAAAUUCUUAUCGAAAUUGCCAAGAAGAUGCCGAUCACAAAGGAAGAUCUACGUGGCUUGUUGACGUCUAAUCACCCCCACAUCGAGCGUAACCUCACUUCCAUUGUUAGCAUUAUUCAGAAUUCUAUGUAUAACGCAGCUGAGUUUGAAGGUGUUGCUAGGAGACUCAAGGAAGAACACAUGGAAAUGAAAUGGUUUGAAGAAGUUUCAGCUUCGAGUGGUGCAAUUGGAGCAAAUAGUUUCAGCAACAUCGCUGGAAAUCAAUCAGGGAAGAAAGCUGGAAGUGUUGUCGCCGGAGUCAACUGGAAUAUUCCGAUGAACGGAUCAGGGUUCACGAACACCAAAGUACCGCUGCAGAACAUGGUAGAAAAUAUUUGCGUUGGAAAUGCAGCCGGAAAUAGGAAAUCGGAUCUUGAUUCAAAGCUAUCAUCGAGCUUCCCGAAGUGUUUACAGACCUCUAACGGAAGGAUAAUGAUGAAGCAGAAGGAAGAAGACAAAGAUGAUGGUAAGAAGGUGAUACCGGAAAAGUGGAUAGUGAAUAAGUCUGCCGGAGGUUGCAAGGAUGGUGGCGGAGGAAGGCUAAGGCCUCGAUCUGGGCUUGUUACCGACAUUGUUAACCGGGUUUAG